AUGGCCGCCGCGGCGAGUCGCGCAGCGCUGGCAAGGCCCCAAGCGUGCCGCCUUCUCCAGCCAGCGCUGGCGUCGCAACGCAUCGCCCGUCAGCCCUUUACGACGCGGUCGGCUCUUCUCAACGGCGCCCAGAGAACAUCCGACAAGACCACCGCCGAGUCUUCUCCCAGCCAGUCGCCCAAGACGGGACAGCAGACGCCCCCGCCCAACAUGAACCCGCAGUAUCCCAAGUUCAGCCUCGAUGGUCUGGGUCUCAGCAAGAACAUGAAGAUCCUCGUCUAUGUCCUCAUCGGCAUCUGGGGCACCUUUGAGACAUACUUUUAUGGACGCGCCAUUCACAGGUGGUGGACAGCCAAGCCCGAGGACAAGGAGUGA